GGGUAAACUCGAGAUGUGGAUCGAUAUGUUUUGUGUUGGACAAUUGCCACCGAAACCGGCGGUCAACAUUACUCCCCCAACACCGGAGGAAUACGAAAUUCGCGUUAUUGUUUGGAAUACCGAGGACGUGCCGCUGACCGAGAGCCAAUUCCUCACCGGGGAAAAGUGCUCCGACAUUUAUGUCAAAGGGUGGAUUCAAUAUGAGGAUUACCAAAGGACCGACAUCCACUAUAACUCUCUGACCGGCGAGGGUAACUUCAACUGGAGAUUCGUAUUUCGUGUCACGUAUUCGAAAGGUGAAAAUAUCAUGAUAGUCCGCAGAAGAAUGUCUGUGUUUGCGAAAAACGAGAUCGAGGAGAAGCUGCCAUGCAAGCUUCGCCUACAAGUCUGGGACAGUGAUCACUUCUCCUCGGACGAUUUUCUAGGAGAGUUGACACUGGACCUGUCCAGAAUGCCGCGGGGCAGUUCAAACUCCAAAAACUGUACGCUGAAGUUACUCGAACCGCAGUUACCUACAAUAAAUUUAUUCAAAGUUACCCGGACCAGAGCUUGGUGGCCUUUCGCGCGUGGUAUUGACGCCGGCAGAUAUAUUCAAGCGGGUAAAGUUGAACUGGAAAUAUCUAUUUUGAAAGCAGUAGAUGCGGAUAAUCAGCCGGCAGGCAAAGGAAGGGAUCCACCUCAAAAUCUUCCACCUCCGAGGCGACCCGACACUUCUUUCUCCUGGUUUCGCAAUCCGUGGCGUGCGUGCUGCUUCGUCGUUUGUCGCUAUUAUAAAUGGCGAAUACUGUGCUGCUUCACGUGUACGCUAUUUGUGCUUCUAAUAGCAUGCGGGAUUUACGCUUUCCCCGGAUAUUUUGUUAAACGUCUCUUAGGCGCUUAAUUCUUGAAGCAAUUCAAACGUUUAACAAACGUGAAUAUGAAUAGCUCUAAGUCCUAUUUCCUAAAUUACUUAUAACUACUAUUAUUAUUAAACUUAAAAAUUAAUAUUAUAUUGUAGUUUACGCGUAUAGAAAAUAAAUUAAUAACCACAUUCUUUUUCUAUUGUUUAAUCUGUUUUCGCUAAAAAUAAUUAGCAAACAAAAGUGUCAUCCGUUCGGUAAAGGAUACGCUGUAGCGUCUCCUUCAUUAUGAAUCAUGAUGUAACGAAAAAAUAUACUUAGCGGAAGACGCUACCGCGUCUCCUGAUUAUUAAAUUAAAUG